GGGCAGGGCUGUGGGACGGAGCGAGGCCCGGAAAGAAAGGAGGACCCUGACUGCGGAACCGGGCUGGGCCGUGCCGGCCCAGGAGGUGCUAAGUUAUGGCAGUGUGGAUCCAAGCUCAACAACUUCAAGGAGACGCUCUAAGACAAAUGCAGGCCUUAUACGGACAACAUUUCCCCAUUGAGGUUCGCCAUUACCUCUCCCAGUGGAUUGAAGCCCAGCCAUGGGAUUCUAUAGAUCUUGACAAUCCUCAGGAAGGUGUCAGAGCUGCACAAUUGUUGGACGGACUGAUCCAGGAGCUUCAAAAAAAGGCAGAGCACCAAGUGGGUGAGGACGGCUUCCUUCUAAAGAUCAAACUUGGUCAUUACGCCACUCAGCUGCAGAAUACAUAUAAACACUGCCCCCUGGAGUUAGUACGCUGUAUUCGACACAUCCUAUACCACGAGCAACGUCUGGUGCGAGAGGCUAGAAAUAGCCCUUUACUGGCCAGCAGUAUGGCUGACGCCGAGACUCAGAAGCAUCUUCAGAUCAACCAGACUUUUGAUGAAUUACGCAUGUUCACCCAGGACACUGAGAAUCAGCUGAAAAAGCUUCAGCAGCAUCAGGAAUAUUUCAUCAUCCAGUACCAAGAGAGUCUUCAUCUGCAAGCCCAAUUUAGUCAGCUCUCUCAGCUGAGCCCACAGGAACGUAUGGUCCGUGAACCUACUUUGCAGCAAAAGAAGUCAUCCCUGGAAGCUUGGCUGCACCGGGAGGCUCAGACACUGCAACAGUAUCGUGUAGAACUGGCUGAAAAGCACCAGCAGACACUGGCUUUGCUUCGCAAGCAGCAAACUAUAAUCUUGGAUGAUGAGUUGAUCCAGUGGAAGAGGAGGCAGCAACUAGCAGGAAAUGGCGGUCCCCCUGAGGGGCCUUUAGAUGGCCUGCAAGCAUGGUGCGAAAAAUUGGCUGAAUUCAUUUGCCAGAACCGCCAACAAGUACGCCGUGCCGAACACUUAUACCAGCAGCUCCCUAUUCCUGGACCAAUUGAAGAGUUGCUCUCAGAUGUUAAUGGCACGGUCACAGACAUAAUUUCUGCGCUAGUCACUAGCACAUUCAUAAUAGAAAAGCAGCCUCCACAGGUGCUAAAGACUCAGACUAAAUUUGCAGCGACAGUACGACUGCUGGUUGGUGGAAAGUUAAAUGUUCACAUGAACCCACCACAAGUAAAGGCCACCAUCAUCAGUGAGCAGCAAGCCAAAGCUCUACUGAAGAAUGAGAGUACCCGCAAUGAGUCCAGCGGUGAUAUCUUGAACAAUUCCUGUGUUAUGGAAUAUCAUCAGGCAACUGGAACACUGAGUGCUCAUUUCCGCAACAUGUCCUUGAAGCGGAUCAAGCGUUCAGACCGUCGUGGUGCUGAGUCAGUGACUGAGGAGAAGUUCACCAUUCUCUUUGAGUCUCAUUUCAGUGUAGGUGGCAAUGAGCUGGUAUUCCAGGUGAAGACAUUAUCUUUGCCAGUGGUGGUGAUUGUGCAUGGCAGCCAGGAUAAUAAUGCUACUGCCACAGUGCUGUGGGACAACGCUUUUGCAGAGCCAGGACGUGUGCCCUUUGCUGUGCCAGACAAAGUGAUGUGGUCCCAGCUGUGUGAGGCUCUCAACAUGAAGUUCAAGUCUGAAGUCCAGAGCAGUCGUGGGCUCACCAAAGACAACCUCCUCUUUCUUGCCCAAAAGCUCUUCAAUAGCAGCAUGAAUCAUCUGGAAGAUUAUAACAAUAUGACUGUCUCCUGGGCUCAGUUCAACAGGGAAAAUCUUCCAGGGCGCAAUUAUACAUUCUGGCAAUGGUUUGAUGGAGUGAUGGAAGUCCUGAAGAAACACCUGAAGCCUCACUGGAAUGAUGGGGCUAUUCUAGGUUUUAUCAACAAGCAGCAAGCACAUGAUUUGCUAAUCAGCAAACCAGAUGGAACUUUCCUCUUGAGGUUCAGUGACUCCGAAAUUGGAGGGAUCACGGUUGCCUGGAAGUUUGAAAAUGCUGAGAGAAUGUUCUGGAACUUAAUGCCCUUCACCACCCGUGACUUCUCCAUCCGCUCCCUGGCAGACCGCCUUGGUGACCUUCCAUAUCUCACUUUUGUGUAUCCUGAUAGACCCAAGGAAGAUGUUUUCUCCAAAUAUUAUAUGCCAAUCACUUCAGCAAAGGCUAUAGAUGGAUAUGUAAAGCCGCAGAUCAAGCAAGUUGUACCCGAGUUUGCUGCACCAUCAGGAGAUUCUGCCAAUGGAGGGACUACCUACAUGGAACAAGCAUCAUCACCAGCUGUUUGCCCUGCUCCUCACUACAACAUGUACACCCAAAAUCCUGACUCUGUGCUGGAUCCAGAAGGAGAAUUUGACUUGGAUGAUUCAAUGGAUGUGGCACGACAUGUGGAGGAAUUGCUGAGGCGCCCCAUUGACAGCCAGUGGAUCUCCCAUAACCAGUCUUGAUCCUGCUCCUUCCCUGGAGAGACCAUGAGGCAACUGUGAAAUAUUAGAAACCCUUCCCUGAGGGAGUUUGUAGCUGCUGUAAGAAUGGGUUUCCUCACCCUGUGGGGGGCCUCUGGCUGAGAGGGUAAGGUACCUGAGGGAUAGUAGGUGCUGUUUCUUCCCUUGCCCAUAUGGGGAAGGCAGUAGAGUGCUUUGCUUGAUUUUCCAUCUGCUUUUCUGAAAAGCUUGCCUCAGGCUUUCCGCUUCUGCAUAAGACUUUCUCCUUCUGCCAAGCUACCAUUUCAUUUGUACUAGGAAUCCUUCUCUUUCCUCCCCCCACCCUCAAUGUAUUACAUUGCCCUUCCUGUCUAGAAGCCUUUUGGUAUCUGGGACAAGAAGAGACUGAGCUACGGAGGAGUGUAAGCCUUAUUCAAACCCUUGUCAUUUAGUGUCCGAUUUAUUACUAUUCUUUAUUGCUUCCAAUAUAAACAGUAUGCUUAUGCCUGCAUUUGACUUACACUUCCAGGGUACGUGCCUACAUGCAGCCUUCUGUGUAAAAGAGGCAUUCACUUUGGGAGCUCUUUUUUUGUUUUUAGCCUUUGAUGCAUUGCAGCCUAACCCUGCCUAAGUGCUCUGGAGCCUUUUUCAUAUGCCUAACCACUCACUUCCAGCUUUUUUCAAUUUUCCUUGUUGCGAGAUGCUUGCUUACCUCCAAGCUCCUGCAUUUAGUGCUAUUGGCUUUUGAUAUGUCAGAUGCUUUUUUCCUACGAAUCACAAAUACAUCAGAUUGUGGAGGAUGCUUUCAUUUAAAUACAGAAUUACAAUUAGUAUAAUGGUUUCCCUCUUCUUGAAUUUGAGGGUAGUGACUGGGGAGCAGUUCGAAGGAUUUGACUGCUAAGUACAGAGGGAAAAAGACAUUUUGACUCCUAAAUGUCCCAACAAACUUUUCUAUUCUCUUCCUCUCACCAUGUCUCCCCAUUAGGCUGAACAACUGGGAAAAAACAGAUUCAUAUAUGCACUAUUUUUAUACCUAGUAUUCAGUAAAGCUCAGAUUAUUUUAACAGUUACAGAUUUUACACAAAUAUCUGUGGACCGGGUGCUAUAUUUUGAAAAAUGGUCCAGUUUCCAGUCCAGCCAUAAUUAUAUUUUUGUUGGGAUUGAUAAAUCACCCAACAAAAGUCAUGAGAUGCAGGGGGGAGAAAAUGCCUAAGGAUUGGGACUUAGUGUUUGCAGGGUUUCUCCUCCUCUGUUCAUUGAAAACAAACACAUUUUUCAAGAGCUUAUUUAAAAAUAUAAAGAUUAGGUACUUUUAUCUAAGCAAAAAAGUUUGCAACAGUGGGGCUUAAUUAAUUUUUAUUCCUCAGGAACUCACCCAACUUCUGACUGAGCUAGGAAAAAGCAUGUUAUAUGCACUUUGCCCUGGCAGUACCUCUUAUAACAACUGUUUGAAGGUUAGAAAAUAUACAUCUUUAGGGUAAACAAAGUCUAGUCACUUGGAAGUCAUCCUUAAAGAUCAACUGUUGUUGAAACAAUUUCUUGCUUUCUGCUAAUACUCUGUUUUCAAACAAGUCAUUUCUAGGAAUAACUAUGAUACUCUUUAGAAUAGUGUAUUCAUUAUAGUGGAAUCAUUAGUAAAUGCAUCAGUAACUAUUGUCUUUGGAAAAUAGAUCCCCUCCCAAAUAGCAUUUCUGUUGCAGAUCUUUUGGUGGUGGGUUAGUUGCUUCACUACUGUAACUCACUAUUCUUACUAAUACCUGCAAUAUAAGUAAAUUUCUUUCCUGACUUCCUGAAUUAUUUUGAAAAACUGAUACUUAUAUAUAUAUAUAUAUACACAUAAGCCUUUUCUUCUGCACAAGCAUAUACUGCCUAGUAUUUUUAAAAAUUCCUUCUAACUAUAAUACAUUUACUUCCAUCUUCUUUUACUGCACAAUGAUACAGUCAUUGUGGGAGAGUCAGCAGUAGUAUCUUUACAGUAUUUUUAGUAUAAGUCAUAAGAAAGUCCUGAGGACAUGUGCCCAGGACCAUACAGUUAUUCUGCAGUAGUAAUUUAGCCUUUAGCACAAAUUAAAUCUUUGAACUUUAUUUACAUUAAUUUCAAUUUUUUCAUUCAUAGUUUUGAAAUACUUGAUAGAUGCCUUUUCUCUCUCUCUUUUUUUUGAUUAGUCUUUUCAUUGCCUUUAUUUGAAUGACUGUGGGCAACAAUGCUUCUCAAAUACCACUUUCUAAGCUGGGAUAGAAUGUUCCUGGGAAGUAUCAUUUAUAUCCAGUUCAAAAACUUCUCAGAUCUUAGGCCAAACUGGUGCCCUCCAGAUGUAAUGGACACUAAUACUUAUCAUUCCAGCUAGCAAUUUAUAGGGGUGGCUGAUCUAGCUGCAACUUCCUUAUUUUAUCAUCCUUAUAUGUUAGCUGACUUUCUUUCAAACUAGUUUCCUGUCUCAGAUUCUUUUGAGUUGCACACAAACAUCCCUACUGUCCUUAAAGCAAGUAUUAAUUAAUAAUUUUUUGUAGUUAUUGUAUCAGCACAAUCUUACAAAGUCUAUUCUUAAUUAUCAAUGGGAUUAACUUCCAAAUAAAAAUGCAGAGCAUAGGUGGUAAAUCUGCAGUCUCCCAGAUUUUUCAGAUUGUAGUUUCCAGCAUUCUGAAUUAUCAUGAUCAGUGGAAAGGGCCUGCAAGGAACUUGCAGUUUUCACAACUAUAUAUGAAUCACAUAAAUCAUGUUAUACCAUAUCUUAUUGUAAUGAUAAGUCAUAGUGGUCUGGUUCACAUACUGUCUUAAGCCAUAAAGUAUGGUUCAGGAAUCAUUCUGUGAAGUUUGUACUCGUCUAAAGUCAAAUCAACCAGGUUAUGAUAUAGCACAAUGUUUUAAUAUAUUUGUGGUUCUGUUGUGUCUAUAGUAGAAAACUGUCUCCAACAGAGGAGUAUCCAUUUCAUAAAUUACAUUUGGGAUUUCUGCACAAAAAGGAUACAUUCUUCCCUUGAAUUAAUGUCCUUUCCUGGUCACAGAGGCGUUUUCCACAUCUGCAUUGUUUGCAGACUGCAUAGCAAUUCAAUAUCUGUACCCACCAAUGUGCUCAUCAAUAUCUCCUUUUAUAUCUGUUAAACUUAUUAUACCAUUUGACAUUUAUUUUUAAAAAGAAAGAGAAUAAGACACCGGAGUUCUCUAGCAUCAUCUUUGUUUCUGGAAUUAAUUCUGGACUCACAUGGCUGCAAAAACAAUUCUUAGAGAUGAUGAGUAGAUAGCCCCAGUGCCCUGGAAAAAUGUAUAUCUCUCCAGGGAAAAAAAACCAAGCAGCUAAGUUAAGGUGCUAAACUAUCAGACAACACAAUCACCAGUUAAUCUUGGAUAAAUGAAUAUUUGUAAGAGGCUAUUUGUACAUGAGCAAGUCUGUUUUGCAUCUUCUUUACUGAGCUUGCUCACAAUAGGUUUCAAAAUCUCACAUAUCCACAGAGGCUCCCUUCUGCCGGUGAGUUACAUGACCUGAGGUUUUAUUGAGCCCUUUCCUCCAUAACAAACAACAGUUCCCACCUUAACUGAGUUGUGUUCCAAUGCCAUUGGUUGCUCUUUGAGAGCAGCACAUAGAACUGACCCAUACAGAUGCUUUCUGUUAUACAGAUUGACAUGCCCACUCGAAAUAAAAAAAGAUCUGCAACAAAAGCAUGUUGUUAAUGUUAAUGGUGCUUCUGUUUAAUUUUGUAAAAAUUGCACAUACAUUCUUGGUGGACUGUUCCUACUUCACUUUCAUUAGUCCAAUGGGUCUGUCUGAACAACUGUUAAAAAUAUGGCUACUGUUUCAUAGUGUGGAGGGAGGGAGAUAUCCAUAAAACUGAGACAUACAAACAUUGCACUAUUUUAAAGAAUUGUUUUGCCAAAUGUUUAAAUGGUAUACAAAGUAAAGUUUUCUGCUAAAUAUAUUGUUUGUGUUUGAAAAAAAACUUACGAAGCUAAUGUUUUCAUUUUUGUUUUAAACUAUAAAAGGGAUAGCAACCUCAAGAUAUAUUGCUUAAUUAAGUUUUUUUUUGACACAAAAGCCAUCUAUGUGGAAAAAAAAUCUUUAUUUUGAUGAAAUAUCCAUGUUUUGGAAAAAGAUGUUGUAAUUUUUGUGCUACAAUAAAGUAUUGUAGGGAG